AUGAAAUAUGAGCACAUCUCGAUCCGGGAUUUUGCCAGUGUGAUAAGGAAGGCAUGGAACCUGGAAAAGUAUACUCGUCUUCGGGAUGAGGAACUGCUGCCUGAAACACCCAACGAAUAUGGGUCGCUGAUGGAGCAGCUUGCUACGGAGGGACCUCCACCUGAGAUUGUCAAACCAGCAGAUGAAGAAGUGCCAAUGAUAGAAACAAUCAAGCUUUCGCUUCAAUUCAUUGUGCUUUGGUUCCUGGCAAAUCUUGUGACCAACUCUUCGUUAUCAUACACUUCAGUGGCGUCGCAGACGAUUUUGUCAUCGACUUCGUCAUUUUUCACGCUUAUUGUGGGACAUUUCUACCUGGUGGAAACAAUCAACACGAACAAGAUUAUCGGUAUUUUGCUUUCUUUUACAGGGGUGCUCAUAGUGACAAAGAUUGAUUCUUCAGAGUCAAACCAAACGCCUUCAACAUCUUCUCCAGUUCUUAUACUAUGGGGCAACUUCUUGGCCCUUGCUGGAGCUCUCAUCUACGGAGUCUACACCAUUCUACUUAAGAACAAGGUCACUGUUCCUAACAAGAGAAAAGAACGAGUGUUGAACACUCAUCUCUUCUUCGGUUUUGUUGGAAUAUACUGUCUCGCUUUCCUUUGGCCAUUGAUCAUUAUUCUUCAUUUCACUGGCCUCGAAGAGUUCGAGUUACCCAGCAGUCUGCACGUCUUGGCACUUCUAGGUGCCAAUGCAUUCAUUACGUUCAUAUCGGACUUUUGUUGGUGCAAAGCCGUCCUUCUCACCAGUCCAUUGACUGUCACAGUGGGCCUUUCGCUAACAAUCCCAUUGGCAAUGGUAGGUGACUGGUUCAUCAAAGGAUUCCAUGUGAAUCUAUGGUACAUUUUCGGUGCCACAGUGGUCACUGCCGGGUUCAUGGUGAUAAAUAGAGACGAGAAGGAAGAGUUUGUGGUUGAAGAACCAGAAGAGACCACCACCUAA